CGGGCAGGUUGUCCCCGCCGGGCCCUCCUCCCUCCCUCCCCGCCUGGCUGAGAGGGGUCGGGGGAGGGGGCAGCAUGGCCUGUCCGUCCGGCCCCUUUUCCAGCGCUCAUCUGCCCCGGGAGUGCGGCUCUGCUCCUCGCAGGGAGAAGAGGUCCGAAUGGAGACAGAAGCCAGCCAGCCCGGCCUCGCCUCCCCGGACUCCCCGCACGAUCCCUGCAAAAUGUUCAUCGGGGGACUGAGCUGGCAAACCACGCAAGAGGGCUUGAGAGAAUACUUCAGCCAGUUCGGGGAGGUGAAGGAGUGUCUGGUGAUGCGGGACCCGCUGACAAAGAGAUCCAGGGGGUUCGGGUUUGUCACAUUCAUGGACCAGGCCGGUGUGGACAAGGUUCUGGCCCAAUCCAGACAUGAACUGGACUCCAAGACGAUCGACCCAAAAGUAGCAUUCCCCCGCCGAGCACAGCCCAAGAUGGUAACGCGGACGAAGAAGAUAUUUGUGGGGGGUCUCUCUGUGAACACUACCGUGGAGGAUGUGAAACAGUAUUUUGAGCAGUUUGGGAAGGUGGAUGAUGCUAUGCUGAUGUUUGACAAGACAACCAACCGACACCGAGGGUUUGGAUUUGUCACAUUUGAGAGUGAAGAUAUUGUGGAGAAGGUGUGUGAGAUCCACUUCCAUGAGAUCAAUAAUAAAAUGGUGGAAUGUAAAAAAGCUCAGCCAAAGGAAGUGAUGUCCCCCACUGGCUCUGCGAGAGGGCGGUCCCGAGUGAUGCCUUAUGGGAUGGAUGCCUUCAUGCUUGGGAUUGGCAUGCUGGGUUAUCCAGGUUUCCAAGCUGCCACUUAUGCCAGUCGGAGUUACACGGGCCUUGCGCCUGGCUACACUUAUCAGUUUCCCGAAUUCCGUGUAGAGCGGACCCCUCUCCCGAGUGCCCCCGUCCUCCCCGAGCUCACAGCAAUUCCCCUUACUGCAUAUGGACCGAUGGCGGCAGCAGCGGCGGCAGCAGCUGUAGUGCGAGGGACAGUUUUGCUUCCUCCCUUAGGUUCUACUCCGAGCCGCACUGGUGGGUUUCUGGGCACUACCAGUCCUGGGCCAAUGGCAGAGCUUUACGGAGCAGCCAAUCAGGAUUCAGGGGUCAGCAGUUACAUCAGUGCUGCGAGUCCAGCUCCAAGUACUGGCUUUGGUCACAGCCUAGGGCCUGCCAUGACAGCUACGUUCCUCUGGGCCGAUGGAACUGGCACCUCAAGGGUGAGACUCAUGAGCAGUGGAAACCGCUUUCCCACCAGCUGGGCCAUGACUGAACUCACCGCUGGUCCCUUGAUUGCAACGGCUUUUACCAAUGGGUACCACUGAAGCUAGCGACCAAGGAGGCAGGAGAUUCCCCAGUGACCUAACCAAGGACAGCGGGCUGGAGGAUCUGGUGAGCCUUGGAGGAUGAGCCAAGGUUUCCUUUUUAUUGAAUAAAACUGCACACUGCCGGCUGGCUGCCAGGCUCCUGCUGACCUGCCCUGAUCUCUCCCAUUGAACAGACCACACUGGACUGAACCCAAGGAGAUCAUCUCGCUUUCUUACUAACCACCGAUGGUUUACGCUUCUCCCUCCCCCAACCCACCGAUUCUUCUUUAUUUAUUUUAUUAGCUGGUAGUUUUAUUUUUUAUUUUAUUUUUUUAUCUUUAUUUUUUGGGGGGGUGACCCUCUUUUUCGUUGUUUGCUCUUUCCUGAGCUAGUAGACAUAUUUUAUGAAUUGGCUUUGUGAUCGUGUUAGGUAGUUUUUAAUGAGUAUUUUUAUUUGGCUUUGAAAUUGUUUUGAAUCUUUUCAACUCUGUUGUUGUCAACAUUUUUAAAGGACAGUAUGUGAUGUGAAUGCAGUUCUGAAGGGAAGAGAGACACAGAGAGAGCGAGAACGCUGAGCAGAACUGACGUCUUUUUUUUUUUUUUAUUUUUAAGAAACUGUUUUUAAUUGUUUCUGUUUUGUAAAUGUGAGGUUUUGAAAUGUGUGAAGCUCCAAGGAUCUGAAAAGGUGGGACAUCGCUACAGAACAAAACAAAAUGUAUAUUUUGCUAAGUAAAAACACUACCCUUACAGCUGAAAGUAUUUUUGUUUUCCUAGAUUUAGUUUUACGUGGGGUUUUCUUUUUCCUAGUGUAUAAUAUGUAAAUAUCGUGAGGUGAACCUGGCUGCAGCCUGACUCAAGGAGCAGCUCCAGGUUCCUGAACCUGGCACCUCAGUGUGAGCAAUAUUCUCCAGCAGAAUCCUGACAGGACUCCUUUCUUUUUUUGUACACCUUUUACUGUAAGAUUUUAAGACCUCUGAGAUGAAGGGGGGAGAGAGGGGAAUGAAACUUACCGGCCAUCGGCUAUUUUGCUGAGCGGGUUAAAGCUGCUUCCAGUCGCUUGAUGUACAGACUCCAACCACUGGGCUCCCUAAGUGCCAGCAUCUGGUUUGGCUAGGCAAAGGGCUUUACUGCCCCUGCUUGUCUUUGUUAUUUUGAAAGGAAUUGACUCUCCAAACAGUAUCGCUUGUGUCAAGAAGGUCUGGGGAAGGGCAUCAUCUUCUAGGGGGCAGGGUACUGGGAAGGGCUCGUUGUCAGGGGUGGGAUGUGGGGAUGGUCAUUCUCUGAAGGGCAGGGCAUUGGGUGGGGGAAGUCAUUAACUAGGGAGGGAAAAGCACUGGGGGUGGUACUGUAUGGGGGAAGGGUGAGUCAAGGGCUUCUCAGGGAUAUGAAUUCUAGAAUCACAGCUUCCCAUUUGCUUUCCUCUGUGUCCUGAAAUCUGUGGGAGUUCAUCCUCUGUCCUGUAAUUUGAUUAUAUGGUCCCUUCUCCUGAGGCUGCCCAAGCCCUUGUUAACAAGUGGCCUCUGCUGGGGGGUUGCCUCAAGCAGGAAUUUAAGGGGCAGGUUUGGGUCUGGAUUUGUUUUAAGUGAACCAAAGACCUUGUUAAGGGGGGUGAUUAAGCCUUUUAUUAAGAUGCAGCCCAACACUUUUCCCAGGGAAAUAAUGUAGCUUCAUCUUAAGUUUUAAAAAUCAUUCCCUCUCUUCUCCCAAAAUGAGCCCCAGUAAGUGAGAGGAUUGGAGGGAGGCCACGGUGCCCAAAUGGACCCCUUCUUCCCUUCCACUUCCCUAGCUGCAUUGUGGCUAGUUUUGAGACCCAGCAGUGUGGGCCGUGCCUGACCAAGCAAUACAUUUGGAGAGCUCUGUUUAGUAAGAGGUACUUAAUGGGUUAGUACUGAAAACACAAAGCAAUAAUUUUUGUUACUGAGACAAGAGUCUGUAUGUCUGGGUUUUUUUAAUAUUUCCUAAUUAAAGAAGAGCUGCAUUGUAUUGGGUUUAUUUUUAUUCUGUAUACGUCAAAUUUGGGUCUGCAGACAGCGCUUUCUUCCCUCUUGGUACAUGCGCUGAGCUGCUUCUGUGCCCCCUUCCACACACCUCCCAGCCCCACUGUAUUGCCACUGGGCUGUGAUUCGCUCUCCAGCCAGUGCUGCUGCUGCCCAGAGGCUGGGGCUCCGGUUUGAGGGUGGGCAUUUUUUAAAAAGAAAUAAAGCUAUGUUUUGAAGCCAGUAAGUUAUUACACUCCAAUGUUUGUUCUCUCCACACCUGUAACCCUUUUUCCAGAUUUCAGUUUUAAAUUCCUAAUAAAUUAUUUGAAAAUGGUC